AUGUCAGAUUAUGUUCGGAAAGGCUUGAUUGAUUAUGUACCCUGGAACCAACCAAGACGGGAGCUUCUUCGUCCUCCACACAAGUACCGGCCGGAGUCUGCCAAGUUUGAAAACAGAACCACACAUCAGGAUGACUAUACCAUGAAAUGCCUUGUGACUACUGAGAGCUGUAAGCCUUCAGUCAAGGCAAAGAUUUGCAACAUCCCCUUGGAAGAUCUGACUAACUACAAGAUGAGUUAUGUGCCCCACCCUGUGGAGAAGCGCUUCGUUAAAGAGGCAGAGAAAUACAUACCCUGUGAUAUCCCCUUUGAGAACCUGACCACCCACAAAGAGUCCUACAGAGGCCUCCUAGGGGAGGCCGCCAAGAGCUUAAAACCUCCAGACAAGGUACCUGUGCAUGAUAUACCUUUCUCGGACAUCACCGAGAUUCAGGAGAAAUACCAAGCUUGGCCAACGCCCCGGAUAGUUCCCAAAGCUCCCGUUGUGUAUGUCCCUCCUGAGGAGAAGAUGGAUCUUCUGACAACUGUGCAGACCCAUUAUAAACACCGUAAGGGUAGCCCUGCUAUAACUUGCCGACCUGUGCCUUCCAUUAUAAAGAGCGGCCGCUUCCAAAGCUCUACCACUUCCAAGGAUGACUUCAAGCAGUGGGCAGCUGUGAACACAAAACCAAUCAGACCUGUUCCCCAUCUGAACUUGCCUGUGGAGCCUUUGGACUGCCAGACCACCACUAAGAUAUGCUACGUGCCUCAUCCACCUACCAUUACUGAAAACUACAAGCCCGCCUGGGUUGGCCCUCGAAGAAACAUCCCUGUAGAGGGUCAGACUACUUAUUCCAUUAGCUUUACUCCCAAGGAUUUGGGCAGGUGUCCAGCAUCAUACAUAAACCCCCCAGGCUAUAUCUUUGAGGAAGUGGAUACUACGGGGCACAAGAUAUAUAGGUCAAUUUCUCAGACAGCUCCUAGGCAGAGCAGCUCUCUUUCUAUACAUGAUGUGGAAAAGCCUGGUCAGAAAGAACUACAAGUGUCAUCCUGACUGUGAAAAAAAUUAAAAACCUGCAAAUACCAGAAAACUAAAAAUUAUCCAUUGAAGAAGAAUUUCCCAAAAUGAAAAAAAUUAAAAUACCUACUUCAGAAUGAAAAACAAAACCAUCACCAAUUCCAGGAUAUUUGAAA